AUGUGGUACUCGGGCCAGGAAAGGAAGGAGAGGUCCGCACAGCAAAUGGCAUAUGUUUCCACUUGUUUAUGUUCAGCAUUUUAAUAACCUUAGUAUUUGCACAGCUGAAGGAAAGAAAAGCACCCUGAGAACAGACACCAUGAGGAUCUCUAGAAGUUUGCAAACCAGAAAAACAUUAGUUGGAAAAGAGCCGCAAACGUGGAAGAUAUGAGUAGCUGAAGUAUUUGGUGCUAUAUAUAGUCAGUUGAUGUCAGCUGGAUGCCAGUCUUUUCAGAAAGGCUUAGUCCCCACUUUGAAUCAGAUCUAGGGACCAUGCCGUCCCAGGCUCAAGGAUAAAAACCAUCGGGCCCAAGUGCCAUCCAUUUUCCAUCUCCGGAGUCUUUCCUACACAAAUUGGGAUUCAUCCCUACUGAAAAGCAAGGUCUAACAGUAAGGGAACAAAAUACCAUGCUAUCCCAUAAUACCAUGGUGAAGCAGAGGAAACAGCAAGCAUCAGCCAUCAUGAAGGAAAUCCAUGGAAAUGAUUUAGAUGGCAUAGACCUGGGCAAGAAAGUCAGCAUCCCCAGAGACAUCAUGCUGGAAGAAUUAUCCCACCUUGGUAACCGCGGUGCCAGGCUAUUUAAGAUGCGUCAAAGAAGAUCUGACAAAUACACAUAUGAAAAUUUUCAGUAUGAAACUAAAGCGCAAAUUAACCACAGGAUUGCUAUGCAGAAUGAGAAACUGGAUGGAAGCAACUUGGAAGGUGGUUUACAGCAAGCCCCAACGACUCCUCCCAACACUCCGGAUCCACGAAGCCCCCCAAAUCCAGAAAACAUUGCACCAGGAUAUUCUGGACCACUGAAGGAAAUUCCUCCUGAAAGAUUCAACACCACCGCUGUCCCUAAGUACUACCAGUCUCCCUGGGAACAGGCCAUUAGCAGCGAUCCAGAGCUUUUAGAGGCUUUAUAUCCUAAAUUUUUCAAGCCCGAAGGAAGGUCAGAAUUGCCUGAUUACAGGAGCUUUAACAGAGUCGCCACCCCUUUUGGAGGUUUUGAAAAAGCAUCAAAAAUGGUUAAAUUCAAGAUUCCAGAUUUUGAACUACUAAUGCUAACAGAUCCCAGGUUCAUGGCCUUGACCAAUCCCCUUUCAGGCAGAAGGUCCUUUAAUAGGACGCCCAAGGGUUGGAUAUCUGAGAAUAUUCCUAUAGUGAUAACAACUGAACCUACAGAGGAUACCACUGUACCGGAAUCAGAAGACCUAUGAAAAGGAAGUUAUGAUUGUAUAUGCCACAAAACCUCUGAACGUAAAAGUUGCUGUUUUAUUAUUCUAUUUACUGGCAAAGCCACUUACACUUCUUUAGUAGCAAAAACUUAAUAGCAAUUUAGCGAUUUCCUUUUAUGGCAUUUAAUUUCAAUCUCAGAUAGAGUUCUAAUAAACAAUUCAGAAUCUUAUUUAAA